CACAGGGAGUCCAGAAUUCUACGACGCACCCGCGCGACACGCACAGACCAUCUAACCACCAACCAGCAAAUCAUCAUUCAUAGCUCCCCGAACAUCCUGAGCCAGGGAUGGGUGAAAUACGAAGACGACAACCUCCAGGUACGGGAGAAACCGCUGCCGAAGAUGACCCCAAUGAGAUCAUCGCCGAAGCAACUCACGCCGUAGAAGAUGCCGCCUUAAAGAUCAAACAAGCCCUAAUUGUAGCAUGGGACGACCUCGAACACUGGCAACGCGACAACAAAUACAUCACAGGCGGCUACCGCCGCACCUCCGCCUCUUUCCGCGCAUGUCUCUCGUCAUUGUUUUAUUUACACAACGAGUCAGUUAACAUUUGGUCGCAUCUGCUUGGCUCUCUACUCUUUACGGUCAUUGCGCUAUUCUACUCGGGACAUCUCCUACCUGCAUACGAGAGUGCGGGUAAGGUAGAUACCAUAGUUUUCUCCGCCUUCUUCCUCGGCGCCGUCAUUUGUCUGGGUCUAUCAGCAACCUACCACACCCUCUCCUCCCACUCCCCCCACAUCAACAAAUUCGGCAACAAGCUCGAUUACAUCGGUAUUGUAUUCCUCAUCGUCGGCUCAUUCUAUCCCUCGAUCUACUACGGCUUCUACUGCCACCCGCGUUUGCAAGAGUUGUAUGUGGGAAUGAUUACGAUACUGGGAGCCUGUGUUGUGUGUUUUACGUGGAUGGAGCGCUUCAGGACGCCAGGGUGGCGCCCGUGGAGAGCGGGGAUGUUUUCGGCCUUGGGGUUGAGUGCGGUGUUUCCUGUGGGGCACGCGUUAUUUACCCAUACGUAUGCUGAACUGGCGCAGACGAUGGGGUUGGGGUAUCUGUUGUUGCAGGGAUUUCUGUAUUUACUCGGAGCAGCGAUCUACGCCGCACGUAUCCCAGAGAAGUGGCGUCCGGGCAUCUGGAUCUUCGGGUCAAGUCACCAGAUCUUCCACGGCCUCGUCGUGGCCGCAGCGAUUGCGCAUUUUCGAGGGUUGAUCAUCGCAUACGAGUACUGGCAUCGAGUUAGAGGUGGGCAAUGCUCAAUCUAGAUAGACC